AUGAACAAUCCCGGUUCUAAUGGGAGCCAGAGGCCCAUCUCCAAAGCCGAAAGUGCCACUCCACGCGAGUUCCAGAUAAACCAAUUGAGACGGCGGUUUCGACCAACAGAGUGUACAGAUGAGUAUGGAACGAUCUUCACGUUUGGAUUGGCGCCGUCGGACCCCGACUUCCCGUUUGAAUUGGACAAGCUCCAAUGCAUUCUACAUGUCCCAUCAACAUAUCCUGCCGGGGCAAGGCCCACUUUGAAAGUAACCAAUCCUGAAAUGGGACAACCAUUUCGGGACAAUGUCGCCCGAGGAUUUGAUGAUAUUGUUGAUAGCACGCUGAGAAGUGGUGGCCGUGGUACUCUGUUGACAUGGAUGAACACCCUCGAUCGACACCUGGAAAGGUUACUCACCACGACGGAGAGAGGUCCCACACUCAAAUUUGUCACAAAUAUUGGCAGUAGAGGAAAUGAGCCGGCAGGGUCUCAAGAAUUGACUGAAAAAUUGCAGUCGCUACAUGUACCGCUUGAAAGCCAACAGUAUGCCUUGAUGACCGAGACUCCAACCCGCGUGUUUUUUGCGGAAGAAAAGGCGCAGGUCGAGAAAAGAAGGGCCAUGGAAACAAGGCAAAUAGAGGCUCGUUUAGGUCGACUGCCAUUGUUCCAGAAGUCAAAAGAUGAACUCUCAUUUGUCAUUCCGAUCCAUCCGCCUAAGGCGGAGCGGCUGCCAUUUUCUCUGCGGUCUGUUACGACCGUCAAGCUAUUGGUGCCGCGCUUGUAUCCUUUAGAACCCAGUGCUGUGGAACUGCAUGGCGUCGAUAGCAUAGAGGCACGGUCUGUUGAAGCUGGGUUUGCACAGUGGAUUAAAGGAAACACCAAUCUGAAUCUAAUGUCACAGAUUAACUAUUUGACAAGCAAUAUGCAUAAUUUUGCAAAGACGCCUUUGGAGGAAGCCUCCAAUCUAGUGUCUGGGCCUGUACCUACGGACACACCAGUGAGGGACGAAUCACCGACGACCAAUGAUGUACAGAUUGGAGAUAAACCACACCUCCGUGUUGUCUCUCGGCCGCCAGAGUGGUCGGUAGUCGAUCGCGGUAGCGGUAGCGACGACACGGAUUCGUAUACCUCGGAAGAAUAUUCUUCAGAUGAGGAUGACGAUGAAGGAGGAGCUCCAGUUCCCAGUCUGCCCGAACCGACAACCGAGCGAGGAGUUGCGCUUUCCUUUCCAUUCAUUGAACUCUACGGAAUUGAACUCUUGGACUUGGUUGGCCUUUCAAUAACGGUAAAAUGCGAGCGAUGCAAGGAACAAAUGGACGUGAAAAAUGUUCCCCAAGCUAAAGACCAAAAUGAUGUCUUUAUCCCUAAAAUUGAGACGUGUAAGAAAUGCGCGAACACAAUGAGCAUUGGGUUCCGCCGGCAGUUGAUACAUUCGCAUUCGAAUCGUGCUGGAUACCUGGAUCUGGAUGGUUGUGUUAUUGCGGAUCUUCUUCCUAGUAGUUUUAUUCCCACCUGUGCAGAAUGCUCAACUUCUUUCCAUGCGCCUGGUGUUGUUGCUGUUCGUGGGGAGAGUGCAAUGGCUGUGUGUCGCCAAUGCCAUCGUAAAAUGGUGUUUAAAUUGCCAGAGGUCAAGUUCUUGAGAGUAGGAUCUGCUGCUUUUACCUCUCGUGAUCGUGCUCCACAGCGCAAGAAGCCCAAGGAAGACCUUGGUAUUGUCGCUGGGCAAGAACUACCCCGCCGGGGCCGUUGUAUGCAUUAUGCUACCGACCAUCCUAACGAACAUGCAAAUCGCAUGAUCUGUGGUUUCUGCUCGCGCGAACAGAUCUACCGGCCCGAGAACUGCGGGAUAUGCCGUGCAGUUCUCAUUGGCAAAGCAGGAAGCGGGUUCUGGGAAGGAGGUAAGGGAACACGGAACAAAGUUCUCAUGAGCCGGAAAGAUCCACGGAAGUACAAGCGUCGUCCAGGAACAACGCCGAGAGGUUUGUCGAAAAAGAAAGAUAGGUAA